AUGGCGACUGACCGGCACCUGCUCGAGCUCUCCCCGGAUAAACAGCGAUCCCGCUUUCAGGACGUCUUAUUUCGGCUGACGCGGUGUGGUGAAUCUCCGAGCGAACCGUAUCGACGACCAGACGUCAGGAGGAUGUUCAACCCUCAUCAGCACCAGCAGCAGCAGCAGUUUCAGCAGCAUCUGCGUCAGCUACAGCAGCUGUUUCAGCAGCAGACGCCACCGCCGCCUCCUCCGCCACCGCCACCGCCGCAGCCUCAGCCCACCCAUCACAUCACACACCACCAUCAGGCCGCACGGCCUAUGGCCGUUCCUGCUCCAGCACCUCCAUCUGCCCGCAUGGUCAACCUCUGCUCAGCCACUCAGACCAUCAUCGCACCCAAUCCCAUGCUGCAAGGGGCUCUGCUCAUGCAACAGAUGCAGGGUGGUAUGCGUGGCUUUGCUAUGGGUGGGCAGCAGUUUCCUCAGUUCUUCACUCCCGGAUCCAGAGCGUCUCUCCUGGGGCCCGUUCCAAUGGGAGUGGCCAUCAAAACUCCACACAUGGGAUUCCCGCGACAUUUCACUCCACACGCGCGCUACUUCAGCAAUGAGUUUCAGGCACGUCAGCCAGAAAGGAAGAGGGAAAUUGAGCAGAAAUCAGCGGGGAGCGGCGACAGCCAAUCAGAAGCCAGCAGCAGCAGUAGCAGAGCAGAUGAAGCCGCCGCUGUGGCCGAUCCGGGAUGUCAGGAGUCUUCAGAGCAGCCCGAUGAACCGGCGGCCAAAAAACACAAAACUGACGAGUCAGAAGAGCCUGUGGAGACAGAAUCAGCUCAAAACACUGAAUACAAGAGCCCGGAUCCUGGAGACUGCACACUGCAGGAGGGAGGCAGCGUGGACGGGCCGCUCGCUGCUGAAGCCGAUGAACAGAGUCAAGUGGCCAAGCAGGUCGAUCAUACAGAAGCUCCAGAUAAAGACACGGAGCAGCAGAUCAGUGACAGUCCAGACGAUGCCACAAUCUCCGAUUCAGUCCCUGAGAUCAAGGAGACCAGCGGUCACGAGGAGGUCAAAGAUGGAGGACCAGAGACCUCCAGCAAGUUCUUCUGCUAUAUUUGCAACAUCACUUGCCAUAACCAGCAAAAUUUCCAGAGCCAUAUGAACGGACUGACGCACCAGCAGAAGAUGAUGGAGAUCCAGCACAUGAGUAACGCGUGUCUCGUCACGCUGCUGCCGCGAGUCCAGGAGUCCCUGCAAGGAGCUCGCAAAGACGGUGAGAAGAGACCAGGCCUGCAGAGAUGGUGCUCCACCUGCCAGACUCACUUCACCAGCAACGUCAUGGACCAUCGCAGAACCAGAGAGCACAAGCGCUGCAGUCACUCGUCCAGCACCAGCUGUACCGUCUGUAAGAUGCACUUCAGGACAGCCAGAGAGUUUGUGGAGCACAUGCAGUCGACGGAGCACAAGCAGCGGGUCGAGCAGCUGUGGAAGGAGUCGGGUAAAGGCGGCGCGGAUCAGCUGAACGCCGCCAUGUUACUGGGUGAAGAGGACGGUGAUUGCAGUGAUGACGAGAGGGAGGAAGAGGAAAACGGGAAGGAGGGUCUGGCUGCGCAGAUGGAGGUCACACUAGAAGAUCUGACUGAAGACGAGGAGUUUGACUCAGACACAGUGUAUGGCUCUAGUUUUGUGGUGCCUGUCGCUGGGUUUCUCUGUCGACUCUGCAAUCAGUUCUAUCACUUUGAGUCCUCGGCUCGACACACGCACUGCAAGACGCCCAAACACUUCGAGAACCUGAAGCGUUAUAAAGCCUUAAGGAAGCAUGAAGACUCUGGUUCAACCUCAGGAGAUCCAGCAGACCACAUCAGUCCAGAUGAAACCUCCGAGGGAGGAUCUCCGUUUACCUCAUCCGUGUCUCUCACCCCCAAACCAGCCCUCCAAACCUCACCGUCCAGCAGCAGUACCUCACUUCCCACCAUCAGCAUCAGCAGACUGAGCAGCAGCUCCAUCGUCCAGAACACCAGCAGCAGCGGACAGGACGACGACCUUGGGAGUGUGACGCUCCCACAGGAAGAGGCCGUCGCGGGAGAGCCGGAGGAAGAGGACGCUCCCGAGGGGAAGGGCGUCCGGGGCCGAGGCAGGACUCCUGCUAAGAGACGAGGAAGAGGAGGAAGACGACGCUGAGGGCUGAUGUCUAUCCUGAGAGACCGAGAACUUUAUCAGGCCCAGAGGACCGUAGUGAAACCACCCCGCCGUAGACAGUAUGUGUCUUUCCUGCAGUUCAGAAGGGUUUGUGCCACAAUUACAAGCCUCUAACCCUGUUUGUACAGUAGCUGUUUUCAUUGAGCGCAAGAACCUCAAGACGCCAUUACUGAACGAUUCGUGCUUCGGCUGAAGGGUGAAUCUCACCGACCCAUGAUCAUGUCCAGGUCAUUUCUCAGACCAAAACAAAUAUACACACACUACCGGUCAAAAGUUUGGAAACAUUACUAUUUUUAAUGUUUUUGAACAAAGUCUCUUACGCUCAUUAAGGCUGCAUUUAUUUAAUAAUAAAUA